AUUCCGGAAAUAAUCAUGACACAGGAGGCCACCAACUACCAUUUCCAUCCCAGUCGUGUACAGGAGGUGGUCCAAGGUGUGGAUCGUUUGGUGCAGGCCACCAACGAGGAUCUUCGCCGUUUCCGUCAGGAGCAGGCCCAAUUGAGGGAGAACAUCAAGGAAGUGCGUAUGGAAAACUAUAGCCUGAGCAGGGAAUUGUCCAAAUAUCAGAAACUAAUGGCCAGCGGAGACUACCAGGAUCUUAGCAAGCGGCUCAAGCUCACCAGUGAGGCUUUGGCGACAUCCAAGCAACAGGUUGAGGCCCUGCGUGAAGAGCAAAGGCACCUGCGUUCCAUGCAAACCUGUUCCCAAAGAACCAUAGACAACAUGGAGCUGGAGCUUAAAAAAUACCGAGCUCAAUUGCACGAGUCAGGUGACGAGGCGACUAUCCAGCAGUACGUGCGACACAUUAAGAUGCUAGAAGCAAAGCUAAGUGGCCAGCAGCAGGAAAUACGCACCAAGGCGGAGACCAUCAAGUUGCUGCAUGACCACAAGCAGCGGGAUGGCGAGAAGCUGCAUAAAUUACAGGCCCAGUUGAGAGAACAAAACCAAAAUCAGGAUCAAGUCUCUAGUUUGCAAAAUCAACUAAAGGAAUACGAGCUUAACCUGGAACAGACCCGCCAGCUGCUCGAGGAGAGCACGCGUCGCGAGAGUGUUGCCAUGAGGAAGGUCCAGGAAGCCUUAGCCCUGAGCGAGGAGGCCGAGCGGGGGCGUAUAGAGGCCGAAAAGCGGGCGGAGGCCAGCAAGGAGGAGGUCAACCAGCUGGCAGGCAGCAUUGGCAGUGUGAUGGAUGAAGCGGCCAAUCGCGUAGACAUCGAGAUAAGUCAGUUUCAAAAAAGGCUUGUCGAAAAGGACAAGACAAUAGCCAGCAUAAAAGAGAAGAUAAAAAAGGAGCUGGCCGGUCACAAGUCGGUGGUGCAUCAGCUGGAAGCGAGAAACAAUCAGCUAGAGCAAAGGGUCAAGGAUGUGCAAAAGCAUAAUGUCAAGCUAGAGGACGAAGUUGAUGUGGCCUGCCGGCGAAUUCACGAGCUAGAGCGAUCCGUCAACGAAUUCCGCGACGAGGAGGUUCAACAUUCUGUAGACAAAAAGCACUACGAGAGCGAAAUAGAGCGCUAUCUGACGUCCUACAGGAAACUAAAGACCAAAUAUCGCACCUCAAUGGAUGACAUGACGCAACGUUUCGAAGAGGUGAUCUAUAAAAUGAGGAAACAGAACUCCGAGUUGCUAGCGGAAAACCAAAUGCUCAAAAGCGGAGCUGCGGGCGACAAUUUUCGGCCAUAGCCCUUAAUUCUGUUUUACAGUUGUACAAAGAUAUAUUUUAUGAUUAGUGUUAAAUACAUAUUUUUUUUGAGA